AUGAAACUUGUUGAAACCUUCCCUUCAUCGAUGAGUUUGGGUCGACCUAUUUCCCAUUUCCGAAGAACCAUCUGCUCUUCAUCGAUUCUGAAAGCGAGAAGGUCCACGAAACCCACUCCUUUGCCCUUCCCUCAUAACACAUUCAGAGGAGAGGAUACAGAUUUGGAGGCGGGCACAUUCCACUUCGAUGUGGAGCGGUCUUCUUUCACGGAUAACGACCUUCCUCGGCGCCUGCGUCUGACCUCCGAUGUUAACGUUAAAUCCUUGAUAUUGGGUUCCAAUCUGUUCAAUUUCGUCGCUGCGGAUUGGGAUGAAUUACCAGCGGAUUUGCAGGCCGCCUUACAGUAUGUCGUUCGCCUCCCUACCUUGGAAGAGCUCACCAUUUUGAAUGUCAAGAACUUACCAGUCUCUUUACUUAGUGCCGCUAGCUUCUCAACACUAUCCAUACACCACGCCAAAUUUCGUCGAAGCAAGUUCCGCGACCGCAAAAAUACUCCAUCUAAUAUUGUAACCCGCUUAAAGUCCUUCAACUUUGGCCUCACCCCACUCUCCAGCAUUCGGGCCCUCGUACGCGACAGAAUACCCACGGAUUCCCUCUCCAUAGACUUAUCAAGUCUACAUUCACUCACUGUGCACAAUGCGGAUGAGGUUGCCGCAUUCGAAGAGGUGAUGAAGGUCUCACCAAACUUAUCAAUUCUUCAUUGCGAAGUCAAAAUAGAGGUCCCCUCGUCUUUGGCGGCGUGUCGCUCAUUGAAAACCUUGGUACUUCUCUUCGGAAUUAGGGACGAAUUACAGGAUCCAUUGCUUGGUCUUCCAGAUGUGCUAUCCGAGAUGUCGGGAGACAACGUACUUGAAGAACUGUUAAUUAACGUUCACGUCCCGGACCAUCACUCUUGCCGAACCGAUGCGAUGUGGGGGAGACUUGAUGAUAUCCUAUCGCAGUCCGCCUUUCAUUCCCUUCGCCGUGUAUCCCUCAAAAUCAUUGUUUGGGUUGACGAUGAUUUAGGUCUCUCCGCUGAGGAACUUGAGGAAAAACGCCGUCGGGAGGCAUUGAAAGAGGAGCUAGAGAAAAUCAGAGCUUCACAGUUCACUUGGCUUUCAAGUCAUGUGAGGUUUGAAUUCUCUCAUAGAUCUGAAGGUAUCAUGCUUGUCGCGAUCUUUCCACACGAGUCGAACAGGAGAGGAGUGACUACAGAUUUGGAGGCGGGCACAUUGCACUUCGAUGUGGAGCGGUCUUCUUUCACGGAUAGCGACUUUCCUCGGCGCCUGCGUCUGGCCUCCACUGUCAACGUUAAAUCCUUGAUUUUGUCUUCCAAACUGUUCAAUUUCGUUGCUGCGGAUUGGGAUGAACUACCAACGGAGUUGCAGGCUGCCUUACAGCAUGUCAUCCGCCUCCCUACCUUGGGAGAGCUCACCAUUUUAAAAUUCAAGAACUUACCAGCCACUUGUUUAAGUGCCGCUAGGUUCUCAACGCUAUCACUACGCCAAGCCAAAUUCCGUAGAAGCAAGUUCCACGAGCGAAAAAAUACUCCCUCUAAUAUCAUAACCCGCAUAAAGUCCUUCGGCUUUGGCCUCACCCCACUUUCUAGCAUUCGAGCCCUCGUACGCGAUAGAACAUCAACGAAUUCCCUCGCCAUAGACUUUUCAAGUCUACAUUCACUCACUAGCAUCGGCCUGUGCCAUGCCGACGAGGUUGCCGCAUGCAAAGAGGAGAUGAAAGUCUCUCCAAACUUAAAAUAUCUUCAAUGCGAAGUCGACAGAAAGGUCCCCUUGUCUUUGGCGGCGUGUCGCUCAUUGAAAACCUUAGUACCUCUCCUCGCAAUUGGGGACGAAUUACAGGAUCCACUGCUUGGUCUUCCAGAUGUGCUACCUGACAUAUCGGGAGACAACGUACUUGAGAAACUGUUGAUUCAUGUCUAUGUCCAGUGCUACAGCUCUUGCCGAACCGAUGCGAUGUGGGGGAGACUUGAUGAUGUCCUAUCGCGGUCCGCCUUUCAUUCCCUUCACCGUGUAUCCCUCAAAAUUAUCGUCUGGAUACUUGUCCAUAUUGUUGAACACCUGCUUGCAAUGUAG